AUGGCACCAGCUUUGGGCAAAAGGAAGCGGCGUGAUCAAAUUACUGAUCUUGAGUCUAGUCGUGAAGCUCCUGCAGACGAAGACUCCACCAAUUUGCAAGCUCUCUUCCGGCAACAUUUCGAGUCCACCUUUGAACCAUUGCCAGGCUCCUCUGCGCACCCACCGUUAGUCCAUAAGCUCGAUACCAAGGCGACUGACGAAGGAAUCGAGUCUGAUUGGGACGGAUUUUCGGAACACGGCGAAGAGCAUGCAGAGACUGUACACCACGCUACCUCUGCACCGUCCAAAGCGGAUGUUUCCAAGGACGAAUUCAGAACAUUCAUGAGUGCAAAACCUCCAUCCUCGGUUACAAAGAUAGCGUCUACAGCGAAACGGAAAUGGCCUGAGUCACCAGAGAAUGACGAGUCAUCCACAGACGCUGCCAAUCUCAAAAAAGAUCUAGCUCUGCAGCGGCUGCUGAAAGAGUCUCAUUUGCUGGACCCACAAUCCUCGCUGUCACAUUCCGGUAAAAAUCGGCAUAAAGCUUUGGACCUGCGACUCCAGGAUAUGGGCUCCAAAACAUCCGUCUUUGCGCAGCAGAAGAUGCCACUUGCUCAGAGGAGAGGAAUUACUACAAAAGCUACAGAAAGAGAAGAGCACCGAAGACGAGAAGCACAAGAGAACGGUAUCAUCCUAGAGAAGGCAGCCAAAAGCAAAAAGAAGAGCGACGCCAUCAGACAGAGGGGCAUAGGUGCGCCUAGCGUUGGCAAGUUUCAAAGAGGGAUGUUGAAGCUCAGUAAGAAAGACGUCGCUGAUAUUGAGGGGCCGAAGAAGAGUGCAAGACGCAAAAGGUAG